AGGCCCGCUAUUUUCAACAUAUAUCCACGACUACCCUCAUAAAACCCUAAUCCUCAAACCCCUUAAAAAUCACACUUGCCCUAGCGGCGCCACCCCUUCGCCGUCGUAUAUCCUAAAACCCUAAGCUCCAUUUGCUUCCAAAUUCAGUCAAAAUGUCGAUGUCAAAGAGUUCAAAAAUGCUUCAAUACAUCAACUACCGCAUGCGUGUUACAAUCCAAGAUGGUCGUCAACUCAUCGGAAAAUUCAUGGCAUUCGACCGUCACAUGAAUCUCGUACUCGGUGACUGUGAAGAGUUCCGUAAACUCCCACCAACAAAGGGUUCCAAAGAAGAACGUGAAGAUCGUCGUACACUUGGUCUCGUACUUCUCCGCGGUGAAGAAGUUAUUUCCAUGACUGUUGAAGGCCCACCUCCACCUGAUGAAUCUCGGGUCAAAUCUGCUUCUGCCGGGUCGGCUGUUUCCGGACCCGGAAUCGGUCGCGCUGCUGGUCGUGGCGUUCCUACCGGGCCUUUGGUACACGCCCAGCCGGGCCUUGCUGGGCCCGUUCGGGGAGUUGGUGGGCCCGCUCCGGGUAUGAUGCAGCCUCAGUUAUCUCGGCCUCCAAUGCCGCAAGUGUCUGCUCCGCCAAUUAAUUACCCGCCUCCGGUUAUGAGGCCGCCGGGUGGUGGGCCGCCAAUGCAGAUGAUGCAGAGGCCAGGGGGCCCACCACCGCCCAUGGCGCCACCGCCACAGUAUCGUCCUGGUGGGCCACCGCAGUUUCCGCCGCAAUUUGGUGGGCAGAGGCCAAUGGGGGUUCCACCACCACCAAUGAUGAGGGGGCCACCACCACCUGGAAUGCACGGUGGACAACCGCCUAGACCGGGUAUGCCACCACCGCCACCUGGUGGUCAGGUUCCUGUUUAUGGACCGCCGCGUCCUGGUAUGCCGCCUCCACCUAAUGCUCCUCCACAGCAGAAUCAGCAGCAGCAGCAGCAGUAGAACUGUGUAGGGCUUACUGUAAAGGUCAACUGGUCAUAUCUUCUCCUGCAUGCUUGAAUGGUGCUGCUACAAGAUUCUCUGGGCUAAGGCGAUUUCAAUUAUGUUGAGCUGUGUGCACCCAAUGUUCGUCGGUUUUUGCUAGAGUUCUGUAACUUUGCAAGAUAGGAGAUUUCAAACUGAUGUACUUAACAAUAUCUGUCUCUUUCUCUCCAUUUCUUUUAAUUAUUAUAACUGCGACUAUUUGAUGACUGAAUGAGGACUUCAGUUGUGAUAGACGGUGUUGACAUA